GCAUUGGGUAGAUGGCGUUGGUUAUGAUGUGUGUUAUGAAAAGUUGUGGUAAAGCAUGUGGAUUGUUCUCUCACCAGUCAUCUGUUUAUUUAUUAACGGAAGCUAAAGUCAGUAUAUUUGUGGCAGUGACAGGAAGAGUUAUAGUUCGUGUGCACCCAGCUUGCUUUAAAAUCCUAAAAGACUUACAUGCCAAUUUUAAUUGUUACAAUUUUGGAAAUAGUAAUAAAUGCAAAUUGUUUUUUUGGCCAUUACAAGGAAUUUACAGAUUUUCGUGUGAAGCUAUUUUGAAAUUUGAAUCACUUAAAAUAAAGGAGACAAAUAUGGCAGGUGUUAAAACUGAACCACAUUUAGAAGUUGAAUUAAAGUUUAACCAAGAAAAAGAAACAACAGUGAACAGUGAAACUUCCUUCUGUGUUAGUGUUGGUACUCAGUGUGAAGAAACAAAAGACAGUGAGUCCAUUGUUGUCAUGAAAUUUUCGUGCUCAGAUUCUGAAGAUGCAGUUGCAGGGGAGCAGGAGAACUCACAAAUGGAUUUGAUGGAAGGAGCAGAAAUGGACGAAGCUGCAGAUCGGGGAGGCUGGACGCAUGAAAGUUCCUCAGAUAUGGAGUUCAAAGUUCACCACGCGGAAAUCAAGGUCGUGGAGAAGGACAAAGCUGCGGGGGGAGAUAGCAGUAAACUUGGCGGUUGUGAGAAGCGGAAGGCCGAAGAUGGGGAGCCUAACAAGGAUCUUAAAAAGGCAAAAUUGGAGACGAAGGCUCUGAAAGCGAAGAGGCCUGGGUUCACGGAUGACCGCUACAAUGAAACUUCCUACUACAUUGAAAAUGGUUUGAGAAAAGUGUAUCCAUAUUACUUCACUUUUACAACAUUCACAAAAGGUCGUUGGGUUGGAGAGAAGAUUCUUGAUGUGUUUGCAAGAGAAUUUCGAGCACAUCCUGCUGAAGAAUAUGAGCGGUGCAUUCGUGCAGGAACGCUGACCGUAAACUAUGAGAAGGUUGAUGUUGACUACCGUCUGAAACACAAUGACCUGCUGGCCAAUAUUGUGCACAGACAUGAGACCCCAGUCCUAGCAAAACCCAUCAAGCUAAUUCAUGUAGAUGAAGACAUUGUGGUGCUGGAUAAACCGUGUUCUCUUCCGGUCCACCCUUGCGGGCGUUACCGCCACAACACUGUGGUCUUCAUUCUGGCCAAGGAGUAUAAUCUGAAGAAUCUUCGAACCAUCCACCGGCUAGACCGCCUGACUUCUGGCCUCUUACUCUUUGGACGUACUCCCAAAAAGGCCCGAUCUAUGGAACAUCAAAUUCGUAACCGCCAGGUGCAGAAGGAGUAUGUGUGUAGAGUUGAAGGGGAAUUUCCCAGUGAGGUGAUAGAGUGCCAAGAACCAAUUGAAGUGGUGAGCUACAAGAUAGGAGUCUGCAAAGUGUCACCCAAAGGAAAGACAUGUACCACAACGUUCCAGAAGCUUGGUUAUAAUGGCAAGACAAGCAUCAUAUCAUGUAAGCCCCACACAGGGAGGAUGCACCAAAUCAGAGUUCAUCUCCAGUAUUUAGGGUAUCCAGUGGUAAAUGAUCCACUGUAUAAUCACACAGUCUUUGGUCCUGAGAAGGGGAGAGGGGGGAACAUAGGCAAGACAGACGAGGAGCUCAUUCGGGACCUCAUAAACAUCCACAAUGCAGAGAAUUGGCUUGGCAUGGAUGGAGAUUCAGAACUUAGCAUGUUCAAGCCCCUCAAGGGAGACAUGGAUGAUGGGCUCAACUCAUUGUCAGGAAAAGGCAGUGAAGUAGGAAUGGCAGAUGAUGAUGGGGACAUCAGCCGAGAAGCAUCGCCGUGUGAUGAGUCAUGUGAGAAUGAUAUGGUGGGGAAUGUUAGUCAUCAGGAAGAAUCUCUUGCUUCAGUGGUAUCUGAAAGUACUCCUGUUGUGUGUCGGACAAAUAAAGUGACGGUGGCUACACAGACAGGCCAUGAAGCACCGGACUUAGCAUUCAACCCCGACAAAAUGACUACAGAUAAACACUGCUAUGAAUGUAAAGUGCGUUAUAGAGACCCAAAGCCUAGAGACCUCGUCAUGUACCUGCAUGCGUGGAAAUACAAGGGUCCAGGCUGGUCGUACGAGACAGAGCUACCUGAUUGGGCAAGAGUAGACUGGACAGAGCAAGAUGACUGAGCCGUGACUUGUGGUGUGAAACAUCAUAACACCCAUCCAUACAGACAACUAUGUAUAGGGUCCAACAACCAAUUAAAGAACAUACAGCUAGCAUUUCAUAAUGAUGAAGUCCUUCUUGCAAAUGACACUGCUAGUGUAAGAUCUGAGGUUUUCAGAGCAGUGGUUGUGAAUAGUUCUAUCUUCCAGACUACACAGGAUAUAUCUGGGAUAUAUCCCAGAAGACAGAACUUUCUGAUGCUGCUGAUGUUUCAUAUUUAUAAAAGUCACAGAGUUUUUAUUGAAUGGUGUAAGAUUUUAGGGAAUGUUAAAUUUUGAAGUCAUGCACUUUAUGGAAAGAAACAGACAAAAUACAGGUCUGUUUUCAAGCUCGUAAAAAAAUCAUAACCAUCUGUCACUUGAAAUUAUGCAAGACAGACAAACAGAACCAACAGUCUGUCUGUCAGAAGUAAAGGUAGGGUGGCCACCACCAAAAGUAGUGCUCUCCAGUUGCAUAUAAACAGGCUCAUCACUGCAUGAAAUAUAGCUACAGUUUAAUAUAUACUACAAUUUUACAUACCAUUGAUUGAAUAUAGCUAGUUUACUGUGGUUCAUAUUUUUCUUUCUGAAACAUAUCUCUAAUGCCAAUCCAGCCUUCUUAUGAAAAUCUCCCACCACUUCCUUUGACAUGGUUCUUAGCAGGACCAGUAUAGCUGUUACAAUAUUAAAUUGACAGGUGGCCACCCUAGGUUUAUGCAGCAUGUGGCACUGGUGCCUGACUGUUUAUGGGAACAUACUCAUUGGUAAAUGCAGAGGUGAAAGUUAAAAUUACAUAUCAUAACCUGGAACUAAAUUGUUGUCCAAUAUGCACCAAAAGGUACAGUGAAAACAAAUGGAGUAACGUUUUAAAUUAUGCUUUUAAUCCAUAAUGUUUUUAUACACAUUGGAAUAGAUUUACAUACAUAUAAGGUGUGUUGUAACCUUUUGUGACAGUAGUUUUCUUAUGGCAGGUACAUAAGAAGUGCGUAUUUUCUUUAGGUGGUGAUAUUGCUAUGCUGGAAGUUCCUUAUGGUAAAGUAUUGACUUUUAAAUUUCCCCUCUGCAGUUUAACCAGUCUUAUAAAUGUAAGUGCUGUAUAUUUUCUGUGAUGAUUUAAGAGGGGAUGGUUUCCUAGGUGAUGUAUUCUCUUGACAAGUGCACAAGAAAAUGAAUGAAUGACAAGGUGUAUAACAUAUGAGCUUCCCCCUCGGCCUUGCGUUUAUAAAUAACAUUACAUUUUACAGUAGAAUUACAGACUGUGCCUUGGAAAUGUGUGUCUUUUUUUUAUUUCAGAAUUAGAUAACCACACAUUCUUACCCCUUGUAUACCACACAUAUAGUUGCUUGCUUUGUGACUGUAAUUGUGUAUUUAUGUUGGAUUGUUAAUAUAUUCAGGCUCAAUUGGAAAUUCGUACUUCCCUACAGUCCACGUUUUUUAACCCUUACCUGUAUUUUUGUAUUAGUCUGGUCCAUCCCCUCUUCUUAAAAAAUUAUGAUUUAUGAUUCCUUAGUUUGGAAGGAAACCUAUGAUGAUUUACACUGAAAAUAAAUGCAAGUUGCUUAUGAAUUCAUUUCAAGAAGCUUGUAUGACAGGCAGUAGAUGGCAGGAAUUCCCACAUUAGGACAGAACUCACAGUAGGACUGAUAUUGAUACCUGAGUGAGAAUGUUUUUCAUUUGUUUAUAGCAUAAAGUGUUCUGUAUUGAUAACAUACUGUGAGGCCAUCUACUGAUUGUGAUAUAAACAACAAAAAGUAUGCUUAAUCAAAUCCCACAUAGAAAAUUUCUGAUUGUGAGUCUGAAUAUGUUAAGUGAUGUAUGGCUUUGUGAAUAAUUAACUGAAAUUAGUAUCAUAUUGGUGGCUGCCUUUCUUUCAUUUUACAUUUGAAAGACUUUGUAAGGGAUGCCUAUAUAUUGUGGUUAGCAUAGUAAACUAAAAAAUUAUCACACUGAAGUGAAUAGUUAAUGGAUACAUUGAUUUGUGUUGUAGUUGUUGAGUAUUGUUGUUGAAAAUCAAAGAAUCCAUGUUAUCAGUGACAAUACAAGGGAAACUCUACAUGAAAGUUCCCAUACAAAAGUGGUAGAACCUUUGUGAGGAAGAAGAAUGAUAAGAGGAAUUCAGUUUUCCUGUAAUUAUCUCUCUUUCCGUUUGAUAUAAAUGGCUGCAGAAUUCUGCAGGUAGAAUAUUUAAUAAGCUGUGCCACAAUUCAGACAUAUGAGCCAUAUAAUAUGUACAAUUUGAAAUUCAUUCCUUUUGGCCCCUCUGAAAGUAAUGUUCAGCAGUUACAAGUGAUAUAUGUUGAAUUUAUAUGCAAGAAGAAAGAGAUUUCUGAGUUAAGAAUGAUGUCUUAAAGUCAUAGGUAAAAAUAGCUUAUUUCAGUAACACAAAUUUUUAAUCAUUACUAGGAGAAUUGAAGCCAAAUUUCAAGAAAUAUGGUAAUUUGCACAUAACAUUUUUUUGUUUCCUAUGUCUUCCCUGAAGUAAACACUGAAACGUGUUUUAUUAUAGUUACGUUGUGCUUGAUAACCUUUAAUAAAUAAGUUCCCGUCAUCUCAGUAUGUACAUGAAUCAUUUUCAUUUACCAGUUGGCUGUAUGUAUAAUUUCUGUGUAAUAAUUUCAUUAAUCACCUACAGGAGGAACAGUCAUCAUCAUCAUCAUCAUCAUUUGACAUUUCCACCACUGUGGGUUAUCAUAUGACAAACCAUCUACAUUCUUUUCUGCCUCCUGUAAGCACUUAUUCGUAACUGUGCCCAUUCUUUCCCUAAUCCCAGUUGCCAAUAGAACGUCUCUUACUUGGUUUCUUAUCUUAUCCUUCAUCUCCUGCGUGAUCAUUCAUUCACCAUCUUGAUUUCUGAGACUGAGUCAUCCUGUUGUCAUCCAUGCAUAAAGUGUGUACUUAAUUUAGCCAACUUAUUCCUGUAGCAUUUCUCAGAUUGCGUUUAAUAUCCUGGUUUCAGAUAUUAUCCCUUUUUUGCUGUUGUUCAUUUUUUAAUACUAUAUGUAAACUGCAGCUUCUUGUAAUCUGUUGACAUAUCUCUUAGUACAGAAGGUAUAUCAGAAAUACAAGAGAGACCAGCCAGUAAGUUACAAUAUCUGGGAAUAUUCAGAGCGAAAAGUCUUUUUGUUAAUGUGUGAUGUACCUUUUCAUUCUCAGUUUUUCAGCACUAUUAACUUCUGAACAAUAAUUUCCAUGCUGUUUCAUAAAGUAGAAUAACACAAGAGAGAAUUAUGCCAAAGAGAAAAGGCGGAAAAUGUUGGAAAUUAAUUAUUUUGCAUAAUAAAGUCAAUUCUUAACAUGCAUGGAAUAUAUGUUAAGAGGAACCCCCAUUUAAAGUUUGUCUUGGGGACAGGAGUUACAUACCUUGAAUCAAGAAAUGUCUUAAAAUAGGGGUCAUAUGAAAUUUUAACUUACAUUUUAGUGUUCACAUCAAAUAUCUGCUUUAAUCUAACAAAAGAAUGAAGAAACAUGCAUUAAACAUCAUUAAAAAUAAAUACAAAUAUAGAAGGGCAACCUUAUGACUUCUAAUUAGAGUAACCAUACAAAAUGACUCAUAUAAAUAUAACUAAAAUGAACAAAUGGGCUUCUCCUUUUCUGAUCACAUCUAGUACAUCGCUUAUCGCCAGCUUCUUCCUUUUGUUAACCAUCACUAAUUCAGUUUUAAAAACUGACAAAUGAUGCGCACACAUUACGUGCAUACAUGAAUGUGAUACAUGUGCUCUUUAUACAAUUAAAUGCAGAUAUACUAAUUUCAAACACAGGUUUGUAUAGGUAAGCUGCAAACAGUAAUACAGCCUCCAAGAGGUUACAGUAGAUGAGGCAUGGCAUGGCUCAUUCAUACUAGUUGCUCAAGGUCAAUAAAUGCCCAUGCAUAUUGUUCACUAGUUGAUGACAUAGAAGCUGACCUUUAGCAAACAGUAGGGUACAUAAACUAGACAUGGGCACAUUGUGGCCCUCGAGUUUAGAGUACUUGUAAGCACUAAAUAAGGGUAUGGACGUCAUGCAGGAAAUUAACUUUUAUCCAAUAAAUGCAGUUGAAACACUACACUGAGAAACAUUGAAACGAAAUAAUUUAUGCAUUGUGUAGUUGUGGCUUUUGCCAGAACUCCAAAAAAUAAACACUAUGAGUAAAUGCAGGGAAACCUUAAAUUGAGAUUCUACUGUACUAUAUACUUGAGUAUCAGCCAGGUCAGAUCAUAGCAGGCCUAGUAGAAUGAGUAUCACAGUUUAAUCUUAUUCUUUUCCAGAGAAAGAUACAAAAAUAAGUAUAUAUUGUCACAUGUAUUGGUGACUUUAGACAAGGGUUUGGAUUGGUGAAUCAAUUUACUGGAU